AUGGUCUGGGAGCACAUAAAUCCAGACAAGGUACAUGUGGCGUAUGCAGUUAUAGCUGUGUUUUCGUCGCUAUUCUCGCUCUGUUCGCUGUUUAUAAAAGAGAAACUCUACAUUGGAGAGGCCUCUGUGGCAACCAUUUUCGGCCUGAUUGUGGGGCCGCAUUGUUUGAAAUGGUUCGAUCCCGGGUCCUGGGGAAACGAGGACUACAUCACACUAGAAAUCAGUCGAGUCAUUCUGUGUAUCGAAAUUGUGGCCGUCGCCGUCGAGCUUCCAAAGAAAUACAUCUGGAAGCAUUGGCUCGGAGUGUUUUUGUUAUUGAUUCCGGUGAUGACCAUUGGCUGGUUGGUUAUCGGGCUGUUCAUCUGGGCAAUCUUACCUGAUCUCCAUUAUGGCCACGGCCUUUUGAUCGCCGCAUGCAUCACCGCCACAGAUCCGGUUUUGGCUCAGGCCGUUGUCGGUAAGGGAAAAUUCGCCAGAAGGGUCCCUGCGCAUCUUCGGAAUUUGUUGACCGCCGAAUCCGCAUGUAACGACGGAGUUUCAGUUCCAUUCGUUUACCUAGCCAUCAACAUCAUCGUCCACAAGUCUAAUGCCAAGGAGAUUGCGCGCGACUGGAUCACAACCACCGUUUUGUACGAGUGUAUGUUCGGCUGCGUCUUGGGUAUAGUUAUUGGAUUUUUGGGACGCAAAGCCAUCCAAUUUGCCGAGGAGAAGGACCUCAUCGAUAGAGAGUCAUUCCUGGCGUUCUACGUGAUGCUUGCAUUACUGUGCUGUGGAUUCGGGUCGAUUCUUGGAGUAGACGACUUGCUCGCUUCUUUUGCAGCAGGUGCCACUUUUGCUUGGGAUGGCCGGUUUACAGAGAGAACUGAGGAGUCGCACGUUUCCUCUGUCAUCGACUUGCUGUUGAACUUGGCCUAUUUUGUCUACUUUGGCUCCAUUAUCCCAUGGGAGCAGUUCAACAACAAAGAAUUGGGACUCAAUUGGUGGAGACUCGUGUGUAUCGCGCUGACGGUUAUUUUUCUUCGGCGAAUACCUGCAGUUCUCGCCAUCAAGCCCUUCAACCCCGAUAUCAAGAACUGGAAAGAGGCGCUGUUCGUGGGUCACUUCGGGCCAAUAGGAGUCGGCGCAGUUUUUGCAUCGAUCUUGGCAGUUGGAGAUUUAGAAGCGCACGUUCUGCACAUCGAGCACGGCCCAACGACAACUUAUCCGAACGUCGAGGAGUACCACCAGCUUAUCAGAAUUAUCUGGCCGACGGUGUCGUUCCUUGUGCUGACCAGUAUCAUUGUGCAUGGAUCGUCGGUUGCUGUGCUGACCCUUGGUCGUCAUUUGCAAACCAUGACUUUCACUAUGACAAUGACCAAGGUCGAGACAGAGGGAGGCGGAUGGACCUCGCGUCUUCCAAAACUCGAGAAGAGCGGUACAUCGUUCUCGCUCAAGCGGAUCGAUACUAUGGCUCCAUCAGAUUCCAGCCAGGACAACAAACUGUUGGAGAAACAAUACACUGAUGAGUCGGCACAGUUAGAGGACCAGGACGCUGCUGCGUCAGCCAAGCCUGCAGGAAUCGCCAGAAGAAGAAAGCAGAAGAGACGGAUGCACAAGAAGAUUAGAGAGAAGCGCAAGGAGCCUCCUGCUCUGGAGACUUUGGAUUUGAGAAAAAACAACCAGGCUUCCACGAGUAAGGAGAAUUCUGACGGCAGUUCGUCGACGCCGAUUGCUGAGGACACUCACACGGCGGGCGAGUCGACUCCCGACCACGAGGAGGACGAUAUUGGUGCUCCAUUGAUGCGUAUCACCUCGACACACAUGAGAGAGCUGAAGGAAGAUUUCAAUAUUGAUGAGGACAGUCUGAAGCCUGUUUUCCAGGACGGCGAGCUCAAGAUCCCAACUAAUGGAUACAGAGACGGUGACCAGCUGAUCAUCGAGGACCAGCACGGAGAGAUCCUGCACACGCUCGAGGCGGUGAACUCGCCAAGCGACGACGGCAAGAGUAUCCAUAGUCUAACGUCUCUCAAGGGCCGGUUCAAGGAGUUCCAGAAGAAGGAUCGGAUCCGCACUAAGGACAACGAGGAGAUCCAGAUGGCCGACGCAAGCAAGCCGGAAGAGAAGAUCGACGAGCUGAUCAACAAGACCAGUCCAAAGCACAAGAUCUUACUAGGACAGAAAAUCAAACAUGGCAGCGACAACAAGCUGCACACAUCGCAGAAGUAUCACGGAUUCCGUAUAGACGACAACAUCAUCAUUGAGAAUGCGGAUGGAGAGGUGGUUGGUCGGUACAGAAUCAACCAGAAGAAGCUUCCUGCCGAGAAGACAGACACAUUGAACAAGGCUCUCAAGAUGGUUGGGCUCCGCAAAGAAAAGGAGCCGGACGAGGAAAGCAGCCAGCAGACGAACGACGACUUGAUUCCUUCCUCUGCUGCUGCGCAAGACAAACGGAUGGAGAGCAAGAUCAAGAAGCUGCUGAGAGCGGACUCGCGCAAGGUGAGUGUUAGCGAGCCAUCGUCGCCAACUUUGGAAGCCAGUGAGGAUUCCGAUCUUUCGCCUGUUGUGAGUUCAGGCAACCCGGACGAGUCCGAGUUUGAGCGUGCCCGGCGGCUCGCGGCACUGGCCUCAUCCACAAGAGACCCCGACGACGAGGAGGACCAGCCUGCUCCAAACGCAUGA